AUGGCUUCCAAUGGCACCAUUGACCCUGCUCUUCUCGCCCUGAACUAUGCUGAUGACGCCAAUCAAACUCAGACUGUCAAUGCUGCCACCACUGUCGAGGCUGAGCCUUCUGAUACCACACCUGCCGUCUCUGGAUCUGUUCAACCUGACAAUGAAGAGCCUGUUCUUCCAGCUUCCACUGGCAAUGAUCCUGCUAUGCCUGUCAAUACCCAGUCUCCGCCUUCUCUGUCCAACAAUGCAGCAACGAGCAUGGAGGACCAGAUUUAUGAAAUUCUGAGAAGAGAAGAUAACAACAUGGCUGCUCGUCUCAUGGCGAGCGAUGAAUACCAAGAAUACAUGUAUGGAAGAGUGGAUGGAGGAGCAACAAACACUUCAGCCUCGAACACUUACACCUAUGCCAAUCCGACUGGCUUCGUCGCUGGUGCUUCUUCUCUUGCUGGCCAAGACAGUGUUCCAUUCUCUGCGCCUGUGGGUCAAAGUGGGCUUGCCGGUGUUCUCGCUCCCGUUGCCGCCAAUCCUGGCACUUACGCUGUCCCUGCUGCCGUUCCUGCUGCUGGUUCUUCCGCUUCUGGUGUCGGUUCCGCUUCCGGUAUCCCACGAUACCCAAGUGGGCUGGCAAUUCCUGCCGGCGCGUUCCCGUCUCCUGCUGUGGGUCCCGGCUCUGUCGCCGCUGGUUCUGUCGCUUCCGGUCCUGUCGCUCCCGGUCCUGGUCCUGGUCCUGGUCUUUUCGCUCCUGGCUCUGGUCCUGUUGUUGCUCGUCGUUCGGGCACUCGUGGCCCUGGCGCUCGUGGUGCCGGCUCUUCUCGCGGUUCUGGUGCUCCUCGGCGCCAAAAUGCCCCAAUCCCUCCAGCACCGGCCGCUGCGGGUUUCCAGCGACGGAUCCCCAGUAUCCUGGACCACCCAGACCCGUUCGCCUGCCCGGUCUGCUACCACUGCUGCUGCGCCCCGGGGUCUGUCAAGACGCAUCUCUUGGAGAAGCAUCCGGAGCUGCGGCUCACCAAGAAGACCCUGGAGGACGAUCCGCGGUACGCAGUGGUGCGGCCGCUCUCCUACUACCGCAACCAGGGCCUCGACGUCGCCUAUCAUGGCAAUGAUAGGAAACAGGUGAAUGCUCGCCGUCGAAUGGACGCGGGCAUGAAGACAAACGACGCCGGGUACAUGGACAACGUGUACAAGGAGACGCCGAACGAGAGGCGGCUGAAGAGGGAGCAGGAGGCUCGAGAUGCGGAGGAGGAAGAGGAAGACGACGAUGUCGUGGAGGAGGAAGAUGGUGGAGAGGAGGAGGGAGACGACGAUGUCGUGGCGGAAGAGGAGUAG